GCCUGGGGGGCCCUGCCACUCAGCCUUCCCUUGUUGACUGUGUGCUCUGGGGUAGUUUCUGGGCACAGCAGACUGAAUGGGUACUUGCAGCUGUUCUCCCAUUUCAUGCUCCAGAACCCAGCAUGGAGUUGCUGAGGUAGCUGGUCCAGGGCCCAGGUUUGAGCUCAGGGGUCCAGGCCGGCCAGGCCUCUGCCUGGGACUCAGGAGGCAGAGAGGCUGCGUACAGAGCCGGCUUGAUCCACACACUAGGCUCCUGCCGCCCUGGCACCUGGUCGUCCAUGCAAGUUCCUUGGUUUGUUUAUUUUAUGUAUAUUGUUAGAGAUUUUAUUUAUUUAUUUAUUUGAAGGAGAGGGGGAGAGAGAGAGCGCGCGUGUGCACAAGUGGGGGGAGGGGCAGAGGGAGAGAAUCUCAAGCUGACUCUCCACUGAGCACAGAGCCCAACUUAGGGUUUGAUCCCAUGGCUCUGAGGUCAUAACCUGAGCCAAAACCAAGAACUGGAUGCUCAUCCGACUGAGCCCCCAGGCACCGCACAGGUUCCUUUAUUCUGCAAGCUUCUGUGUGGGACAGCUUGCUGCUGGUGGCCCUGGGGGCAUGGCCCCGUUAGUCCCCCUGCCCUGAGGUCAUGUGUGCGCAGGGCCCCUCUCAGCCUGAGCGGAUGGCCAAGAUGACAGGCACAGAGGAAGCUCCCAGCCUGAAAGUAGAGACCAGAGCAGGCCGAGAGGACCGAGGGCACAGAGAUGGUCUAGUGCAGGGACUGGAGAAGCUGGGGUUGUGUAGCCACGGAGGCGAGGGAGUCGCCGGAGGCCUGCACCGGCAGCACGCUCCGGCAGCUCGCAAAUGCACGGGUCCCUGGCGGGCAGACAGCAAGGGGUUUUGAGAUAAAGCGUGUCCCUGGAAGCCUUGGAACAUGAGGUUGGGGGCCACUCCUAGAAGCACAUCAGCAGCAGAUGGGCUGAGACCGAAUGUGAGGGAGGGCCAGCCCAGGCCUGCGGCGUCAGACAACCAGCCGCUCCAAACAGACCGGGACGCGGGCAAGCAGCACUCCACGGGGAUGCCAGCAAAUCCUGUUAGGAAGACUCCGCCCCCAGUGCCCCUACUUUCCUGACCCCUGACAUGGGGAGAAAGAAGACCCUGAGAGCCGCCAGGCAUCCAGGGAGGAGGGACGGGGUGUGGGCGCCCCACCCGCCCGAGCGCCCUGCUCUGGAAGCUGCCAGACCAGUGCAGUCCUCGGCUCAGCUGGGCUUGCCCCCCACACCUCAGUGGAGGCUGGGGGUCCAGAAGGGCAAAUGGUGUCCCCAGGCCUCGUACCGAACUGAGCUUGUCGACUUUUAUCCUCCUUUUGGGGAGGAGUUUGUAUUGGGCAGAGACUUUGCAAGCGAGAAAAGGCAGGUUAUUAACUUUGGGGAACAGACUGCACCGUGUGGCUCAGCUGGGAGUGCUAUUUAUAGGGACGUGAUAAGGUCCGUGGUGGCUCCAUGGAGUGUUCAUACUGCCAUUGUGGGAGGUUUGGAGGUAGAAGGUGGGGAGUCUCCGACCCUCACUGUGUUGUCGGGGAGGAGGGCGUCCCGGGCCGGGGGGGUCGCAGAGGGCUGCUUCGUGCGCAGGGGCUACAGGAGGCGUCUGGUCGCUUGUGCUGCCAGAGGGGCCCGUCCCCGUGGGGGCUCGCAGGGGGCCGAGCCACCGUCCCCCACCCUUCACCUCUCUGUCCCUGGGGCCGGCGUUACCUCACCUGGCCCCUGGCUUCUGGCCUGCCCAUGUCUGGCCUCGGUGCCCAGAGUCCUGGCUUAGCCCCCGCCCGCCCCCACCGGUCUCCUGGCUCCUCCUGCUCAGCCUCAGUCUUGGCUUCCUUCUCUGAACCCCCCCCACCCCCCCCGCACCAGUUGGCUGCUGCUUGCUCUUCGCACCUGCCCCCAGCUGGCUUGGUUUGUCUCGUGCCUUUCCCAAGGGCAGCGCAUUCCCUCAGGGCCAGGACACUGUCCUGAGCGGCUGCGUCCCUGGCUCUUCUGCUGACCAUGACGUUCCAUCCUGAUGGUUGGAUCUCUUAUACAGGGAGCUGGCUUGGCAUUGUGGAUUGAAUUGUGUCCCCUAAAAGACAGGCUCAACAGGACCUGUGCAUGGGACCUUAUUUGGAAGUAGGUCUUUGCAGAUGUAAUUAAGAUGUAAAUUAAGGUGAGGCUAUACUGCUUUAGGGUGGACCCCAAUCUGAUCACCGGUGCCCUUAAAAGAAGAAAUGCAGAGAUACGAGACAGGGAGACGGCCGUGGGAACUCGGCUGUGGGAGAACAUGUGGCGCAAGAGCAAGCCCAGGGCACCAGGGAUCACUGGCUAUGACCAGGAGCUGGGAGAGAGGCAGGGAACCCGUAGCCUUGGGGCCCCCAAAGGAGCCAACCCUGCCCGCAUCUUGACUUCCCACUUCUGGCCUCCGGUUCCCGGCGGUCCCCAGAAGCUACUACACUUAGAUUCCAGUGCACAUCCAGCUUUGCCUUCGUGCUUUCAGUCACUCACGGUCAGUGCAGUCCAGAAGUUGGUGAUCCGCCCUCUGACGUGUGGUCAGAAGGUCCACGGUAGCCUGGUGCUAGGUCACAAGGCCCAUGUCACUCCCCUCCUUCACCUCACGUGGGCGACUUUAUUCUUAUUUAAAAAUUUUUUAGAGCGUGGGGGGAGGGGUAGAGAGAGACACUCAAGCAGACUUCCCACUGAGCAGGGAGCCCCACACGGCUGGAUGUCACGACCCUGAGAUCACGACCUGAGCCGAAGCCAAGAGUCAACUGCUCAACCAACUGAGCCACCUGGGUGCCCCUCAUGAUAAAAUGUGGGCACUAUGUCAUCUCCAUCGUCACAAGAAGGGUUAUAUGCUGUAUUCUUGCGAUAAAGUAAGCUGGAGAAAAGGGAAUGCUAUUGAGAUCAUAAGGAAGAGACAUUUCUAGUGCUCUCCUAUAUUUAUGGAAAAAAAGCCCCACUUUGAGCCCGCGCAGUUCAAACCGUGUUGUUCGGGGUUGACAGCAUCUGUAGGGUUCGGGACCGUCUGUGGUUUCAGGCGUUUUGGGGGGCCUGCCGUAUGAACACGUGAUGUCAUGCAUUUCUUCUCGGAGGAAAUGAAACUGUUGCAUGCCUGGCACUCCUUCCCCAUCUUUGCGGCUUUUGGAAGAUGCCACCAGCCGCCUGGUGCAGUCCCUUCUACAUGGUGGUUUUUCUGCUGCUUUCUUACCGCAGAUGUGCCCUGCACCACACCGUGGCCCUCCACUUGCCAGGGUCACGCCGGCCGGCCCUUGCAUUCGGACACCGUGCACUUCAUUUUGUUCUUUUGAACCUCUGUUGUGAGUUGUGACGGAGUGUGGCGUGCCACGUUUGGUGUCGCCGUGCCCCGUGCAGGCCGCGGCCCGCGCCCCCGUCUGCCAGACGCUCAGCCCGAGUUGGACGGUCUGGGGGUCAUGUGCCGAGCGGUGCUGGUGUCCGGUCCACGGGGCUUGUUCAGAUUGCAGUGCGUGUGCCCUGGAGCCCGCUCUCUGACCGGGUCAGGAGUUGGGGGAGGUUGUCACGUCUCCUCUGUCCUCUCCGGGCUGGCCCGCGCCCCACUCCCGUUUCGUGCCCCCAACACCGUGGGAGAACACUGACCAGUUCCUUCGUGCGCUUCACCCCGCGUGGCUCUGUCGGACUUUUCCUCAGUCCGGGCAGAGCCCCCGGGUGCAGGCGGCUGCUGCAUCCUGCCCGCACGCCACACGCUGUCAGCUGUCCCGGGACCCACCUGCUGCGCUGCUGGGGCUGCCGUCUGCCAGCCUCCCCGCACACGAGGCCGGUUCCCGCCCUGUCAUCAGCAAGUGUCUCGUAGGGAGAUGCUUGCACACCGUGUGAGGGUCACCCACCAGUGUGGUGUUCGCGGAUGACUCUUGCCUGAACCAGCCUGGGGUGUUUGUCACACGCUGACUUAAGGACGGAAUCCGUCAUCCCGUCUGCACUCCUUGGUCUGCACUCUGCCCAAGGGACGAGCCUCCCUCCUCUACUUACCGAUCUUUGCCAGCUAAAAUUUACAUCAGUACAGACUCGUGGGCUCUUGCUUUAUUCUGUGGAGUGGAACCCUCACCUCCUGGGAGCCCUGGCCCCAUUCUCUGCACACGUCCUGGCGUUCUGCAUCUCGUCCGCGCCCCAGCCCUGGAAACCCGCUGUCUCCCCAAGAGGCGUGCGGCCUGGUUUCCCAGUGAAAUGCUGGUCAUGUUAUAGUUUCCUCACAUUUUGCUGUGGCUGCGAUGCAGAGUGCUGAAGAGUCCUUGGAAAUGGAUCACUCAUCUGUAAAGCGGAAAUCCACCUUGAGGGUCAGCUCUGACCCAGCAGCGGCCCAGGCCUCCUGAAGCCUGCUGCUCUGAACCCCAGUGCCCAUCGGUACAGACUGAGGACACGGGUCCCUGACCAUGGUCACACUCAUCACUGAGAAGCUGCAGAACCAGAGCCUGGAUGACCUUGCCCGCAAGAGCUGCGAUGCUGGCCCGCGUUCUGCUGGGACACUGAGCAACAGGGGUCAUUUGUUCCCUUUUGAGAGCAACGAAGACAGGCGCCCCUGGAAGGUCUUAAGUGGAGGAUGGCCCGUCGGGAGUCAGACGGCCACGGGCCCACGCGGCCCAGACACAGGCCUGGGUGCCGUGAGCGCCACAGACCUCAGGGAGAGCGCAGGGCCCCCCUCGGCACCACCUGCCAAGCGCCACUGCCGCUCCCUGUCGGAGCCGGACGAGCUGGCACGCUGCCACUCCGCCUGGCGCCCCGGCAGCUCCAAGGUCUGGACGCCGGUAUCCAAGAGGCGGGGCCGCAGUGGCGGGCGCGCCAGCCUGCCCGGGAGUGCCACGCUGCUGGGCUGCGCGCCCCCGGUGGCCGGCCCCACCUCGUCCCCCGCGCCCCGGCCGCCUUCAGCCGGCGGCGGCUGCCCGGACGGCAGUGAGGGCGGCUCGGGCCCACCCUGGCGACCCGCAGGGCCCUGCGCUCUGUCCUGCAGGCGCCGCCUGUCCCUGUCGCAGGAGCACCUGGUGCAAGUGGGCACAGCCCCGCCCUCCACCGGCAGCAGCGCCUCGUCCACGCCCGAGCUGGGCUGGCGGCCGGGCCUGCUCCGGUGCCGCUCACAGCCUUGCGUGCUGGUCGGGAGGAAGUGUCGGCGCAAGCGCAGGCGUGAGGAGAGCACCCACUGGCCGCGCCCGUCCUUGGACUUUCUGAAAAUGAAACGGACUUUAAAAAAUUCAAAAAGCCUUUGUUCCCUUGAUUAUGAAGACGAAGAGGAGGAUGACACCCAAGUGAAGCUGGCCCCGUAUGCCCCACAUGGCCCCACGGGCACCGUCACGCCCGGCUCCAGCCCGCUGAGCGUGUGCCCCAGCCCCUGCCGCACCGGCCCCGGCCCGUGGGCCUCCUGGGAGCCCAUGGCCGCUGAGGGUGAGGGCGGGAGUGGCGGCGACCCCAGUGACUGGGAGAGCGCUGGGGAGGAGGGGGUCUUCCCUCCCGGCCGCGGCGAGCUGGACCUGGGGCAAAUCGAGAGCAACUGACCCCCGGCAGGGGGUCGGGGGCCCGGGGCCACCGCCCCCAGUUUCUUCCCGGCGCACGGACAGGAGCUGGGCUACGCAGAACUUUGAACAUCAGGUGUAAUUUUGAUCCAAUCUUUCCUAAAGAAGUGUUUUGGAUUUUUGUGGCUUUUACAGUUCUGGAGAAAGCUGCUGUAUUUUGAACGAAUUUUCGGAAGGGCGUUCUACGGAACAGGAGCCUGCGGGCCAAUCCCACCACAGGUGUGUGUUCCUUUUCUGAAACCCCUGCCGUGCAGGGCGCGGGGGUCCGUGAGUGCUGAGCAGCCAGCCUGCCGCUGCCCGUCUCCUUCGGAGCGCCAGGCGGUGGGUACCUGUGCUCAGGAGCUCUGGGAUGGUGGUCCUGGCGGCACCUGGUCUGACCUCAAUAAAAGGCGUUUGCUUCCCCGU